AUGUUGUCUACCUUCCAGCUGGCUGGAUCGGCCGUCAUUGCUUUUGGACUAUGGUUCCGGUUCGGAGGCACCAUAAAGGAUUUGUCAUCAGAGGACAAGUCCCCAGAGUAUUUCUAUGUGGGCCUCUAUGUUCUGGUGGGAGCCGGGGCCCUGAUGAUGGCUGUGGGGUUCUUCGGGUGCUGCGGAGCCAUGCGGGAGUCGCAGUGUGUGCUUGGAUCAUUUUUCACCUGCCUACUGGUGAUAUUUGCCGCUGAAGUAACCACUGGAGUAUUUGCUUUUAUAGGCAAGGGGGUAGCUAUACGGCAUGUUCAGACCAUGUAUGAAGAAGCUUAUAACGACUACCUUAAAGACAGGGGAAGGGGAAAUGGGACCCUCAUUACCUUCCACUCGACGUUUCAGUGCUGUGGGAAAGAAAGCUCGGAGCAGGUCCGACCCACAUGUCCAAAGGAGCUUCUAGGAUACAAGAAUUGCAUUGAUGAAAUUGAGACCAUAAUCAGUGUUAAGCUCCAGCUCAUUGGAAUUGUCGGGAUCGGAAUUGCAGGUCUCACGAUCUUUGGCAUGAUAUUCAGCAUGGUCCUUUGCUGUGCAAUACGAAACUCGCGAGAUGUGAUAUGAAGCUACUUCUGUGUGAAAAUUACAGCAUAGACCUUUCAUACCAAAUAUCACAGGAGCUGUCUCCCAGCUCAUUUUUAAUAUUCAAAUGACAUUAGGAUCUAACAUAAUUUGCUGUCAAUUGUACGUUUGCACAUGUUGUAUGUUUGGCUUGUUACUGGUUUACCCCUUGAGUGAAUGCCUGUGUACGUUGACUGAGAACCUAUCAUGUGUGAUCUGUGUGUUGCUGGUACAUGCAUUAUACAUAACGAAAUCUGUUUGCUGAGAAUUCCUGAUUCUUGCUAUGUAACAGAAACUUCCAGAAAAAGAAAAAAAGCUAUAAGAAAUUUUAAAAACUUGGCUAUGCUGAAAAAGUGAUAAUGGGUCAGUUUCUCAGACUCCAGCCAUUGAAAAUAAGAUACAGAGAAUUUAGAGAUUUCUAGUAAAUGGAAGCAAUAAGCUGCAGGAAUUGAGAGAUCACAAUGGAAUGUUAAAAUUGACCAUGUCUGAGUUGGGUGUAAGAAUCUCCCAGGAUUUUUUUAUAUACGUGCUCUCCCCAGAAUACAGUAAACCACAGUUUUAGAACUAAACACAUCUGUAAAACUAAAUAUAGUAUGGAAAAUCUAAUUUGAAUAAGUCAUGCUUUCCUAGUGUUUAAAAACAAAAGCCUCCCUCUGGAAAGAGAAGUCACACAGACAAUCAUGUGCCCUAUAAAACUGAGUAUUUAUAGGACUAAAACUUUUAACAACUCUCUAAGAAAAUAUUUUUGUUCUUAUACAAAGUCAUAUAAAUAUUGCUUUUUCACUUUCCUUUUCUGACUUUGCUCUGAACUACUGUAAUCCUCACGUCCUCAAAAGGGGCUUUUAUCUCACACUCUUCUGUGUCUCUCCAAACGUAAGGACAGAAAGACUGAAGCAAGAGACCUGGCAGUUGCAAAGUGUGGAAACAAGAACGUUCGCUGGCACUGUAUCUGAAAUACCUCAUAACUGGAGUUUAUGUAUUUUCCUUAUUUUUUGUAUUUUUCUUAUUUAUUCACCUAGUUAAUUCUUCACAAAUUAAGAACUGCAGUUUCUACCACUCAAAAUAAGUAAAACAAAGCCCUUCACAAUUCAAAUAUUACCUAGGAGCAUCCCUGAGCAAUCCAAAAUAAGCAAAGAAAAGCAUCUUCUCCUAAGUUGUAUGCCCAUAACAGAGGCAAGGUAAGGAAAUAAAAAUACUUAUAUAUACACAUAACACAAAUAUGUUUUUUCUGUGCAAGUUCCCUAUGAAAAGAAAAUUUUCAGGGCUUU